AUGUACCAUUUCAACCCAUUCCACGCCAUCAUCAAAACCUCAGCCGCCAUCCUCAAAGUCACCACCAUAAUCAAAACCUCCACUGCUAUCUUCAAAAUCGUUGUUAAAACCUAUGUCGUCAAAACCACCGUCUUCAAGACCACUGUAGACAAAACCUUCAAAAUUUUCACCAAAACCACCGCUGUCCGAAAAACGGCCAACGUGAUUGAAAACACCACUGUCAUUGAAACCACCCCCUUCAUCAAAACCACUGCUGUCAUUAAAUAUGUUAGAGCUGGCGUCAUUGUUGUAUCUGCAGGAUUCAUCUUCUAA